AUGACAGCCAAUAGGAACACAGGAUUUAGAUAUCGAUAAUUGUACCAACAAUGGCGGCUGAAGGAGACUUUCUGACGCGUUAUCGAGCGGUGUCAAACAAGCUGAAAAAACGUUUUCUUAGGAAGCCUAACGUCGCGGAAGCAAGUGAGCAGUUUGGGCAGUUAGCUAAAGAACUCAAACAGCAGGACUGCCUUCAGUAUGCAGCCUUCUGUAAUUUGGCAAUGGCUCGGUGUGAGCAGACUCUCUUCAAUGCCCCAGGGGAAGCUCUAGCUCUGACUGAUGCUGCCCGACUCUUUCUAGCCUCUGAGCAGGAGACCCGAGCUCUGCACGCACCGGGAUUUGAUGAGCAUCUGCAGGCUGCACUCAACUGCUACAGCUUUGCCAUAAAGGUUUAUAUUGAGAUGAAUCAGCCGGUCAUGGCUGCCAGUCUCUCCCUUGAACUUGGAAAAGCACUCAAGGAGAUGAAUAAGCCAGGAGAGGCUAUCAUGCACUUUCAGAGAGCUGCAGAGCUUCAGUCACAGAUGCCUAUUGAAGCUUUGUUGUCUUAUGGAGAGAUGGCUUCCUGCAAAAUACUGAGCCGUGAUUAUGACGGCGCCCUGGCUGUCCUUUCGGAAAUGCAGGCCAUGUGUCAGGAAAGAGGGCUGCAGCUUCCUGGAACAAAUACCCCUGUCGGUGUGUUUAUGGACAUAGUAGCAAAGUGUGAAAUCUCCAGAGUUCUUCUGCUCAUGCUGCUUGAGCCUCCUCCACAGAAGCUAUUGCCAGAGCACGCACAGACACUAGAGAGGUACGCCUGGGAGUCUUUUGACUCGCACAAUCAAGUUAACUUCCUUACAGAAGAUGUCUUCCUCCUGUUGCAGUCUGUGGUGAUGGCAUGUCAGGAAAAAGAUAUUGAAUCUCUCAAAUCUCUCCAGACAGAAUUAUGGCCUCACCUCUCUGCUGAACAGAAUCACCUCUUACAUCUCAUUGUGCAGGAAAGAAUGAGCCCCUCUGGUCAGGGGGUUUAGUUCAUAUCUACACACAACCAUGAGGAAUCACUCAGUGUCCGCUUCCACUGCCUGGUGUGUCGUGUACAGAAAGACUGCACUAAGGCUAUGGCAUAGCUAGAACUGAAUAUUCGUAUUACACUUGAAUGUUUUAUUUCUUAGUGUCAUCCUCCGUUAAUUUUCAUUCUGGAUCAUUGCACUUUAAUAUUUUUUAUAAUUUUUAGUAUUUGUUACAUUAAAUCUGUUGCGCAUUCAAUGUAAAUAAAUUCAAGCAUUUAAUCA